AUGAUUUAUGGAGAGGGAACAAGUGAAUGUCCCGGCGAUGUUAACAAGUGGUUCUAUCUUGGAAACGAAAAGGAUUCUUCGACUGAUUCAGCUCCUAACUGGCGGCCAGCCGCUCUUUUCGACGAAGAUGGAGCCCUGAGCGCUUCCCGCAUGAGUAUAUCGUGCGUACACGCUGGCUGCUGUCAUAAAAUUAAUGUCACGUAUAAUCCUGAGAAUCCCGACAAAACUCUAAAAAACGUCACCUUGACAAAACUAGCCGAAAAAGACGUUUGGUUCUUCAACGACACAGAUGGAAACUACACUCGAGUGAUUUAUCGACAAUCAAGCUCCGGAGCAUGGCUGUAUGACAACGAUCUCGAUUCCUCUGCAGCGCUGGAGCAUAGUCAGGAUAUCGGAGCUCAUUGCCCUGAGGAUUCGAAACACUGGAACGACUACUGCGAAUGUUUCAGAACCGAUCCGAAUUGCUGGUGUGGACAAAUGGCUUGGUUUCAAGCGCCGAUUCCGACCUGCGCCGACCCGCCAAAAGAUGAAUGUUUCUACAAAGAAAUCGACAAUUAUCUUGCUUUGAAAGAUCGGCAAAGAGCAAUUAACAUUACAAUCGGCAUUUUCGGAGCUCUAAUUGCAGUCGGUCUUAUUGGAGUUUCUGCGCUGAAUAUUCAUCGAAAAUACGCGGAAAGAGCGCAGAUCCAAGUUCAAUAUGGCCGGCGGAAACUGUCACACAGAACAUCUUUCGAAGGAUUUGUGAACUCGAAUACUGACGCAUCUCAUCUAAUCUCCACUUGA